GGAUUGUCUUCCACUACCAGUUAAAACCCUUCAUCCCACAUUCUUCAGUUUUCCCGAGACUUACAAAGCACCACCACGAUCCAUGGCCACUCUAAGCUUCGCCGCCACCUCUGCUGCUGUAAAAUCUUCCCUCACAAAGCUCCUCCUUCCCAUUUCUCCCAAAUCCCCUUCAGUAGUCUCCCUCUCUAUCCCCAAUCCUUCCUUUGCCUCCGUCAAACGCCUAAACACAGCUCCCAAAUUCCCCCAUCUCUCACCCCUCAAAUGCUCACCUAACCCCUCCCCCACCCCAACUACCUCGUCCCUCAAAUCCCGCCUCCGUAACGGCGAAACCCUCUAUGGCAUCUUUCUCCUCUCCUUCUCCCCCACGCUCGCAGAGAUAAUCGCAUUCUCUGGCUAUGACUUCGUUGUCAUCGACAUGGAGCACGGUCCCGGUGGAAUCUGCGAAUCCCUCCAAAUCCUUCGCUCCCUCUCCUCCACCAACACGCCUGCUAUUAUCCGUCUCCCUGAAUCCUCCCCGGCCUGGGCCAAAAAAGCCCUCGACAUCGGGCCGCAGGGGAUAAUGUUCCCGAUGAUCGAUUCCCCUAAGGAUGCCAAAAAGGCAGUUUCAUACUGCCGCUUCCCACCUGACGGAAUCCGCGGAUCCGCCCACCCCGCAGUGAGAGCUUCCAAAUACGGGAUCGACGAAGGGUACCUAAGCAAUUACGUUGAGGAUCUGCUAAUUAUGUGCCAGGUAGAGUCCGUAGAAGCGGUGAAGAACGUGGAGGAGAUCGCGGCGGUGGAUGGUGUGGACUGCGUGCAGAUGGGUCCGUUGGAUCUGAGCGGGAACAUGGGGUACUUAUGGGACCCGGGUCACAAGAAGGUAAGGGAGAUGCUGAGGGUAGCAGAGAAGGGAGUGCUUGGAUCCGACCCGGAAAAUGGUGGGGCAUACUUGGCUGGUUUUGCCAUGCCACAUGACGCACCGGCGGAUAUGGCGAGGCGCGGGUACCAUAUGGUGUCCGGUGGGGUGGACGUGGGGCUGUUUACGAAGGCUGCUUUAGAAGAUGUGAAGAGUUUUAAAAAGAGCUUGAUGGAAGGAUCCGACGACGAAGCUGAAAAAGAUGGAGCUGAUGAUGAGAAGUACUGGAGCGAAUGAAGAAUGUUAUCACUUUAAUUUACAUUUUCUUAAGAAGAAAGUUGUGGAGAAUUUUUCUUUGUUUUCUUUCUUUUUUGUGUAAAUUUCUGUAUGGUAUUGGGAAAAUCAGUUUGUGCUGCUAAUUGAAAUGUUAAAGUGAUAAUAUAAAGACUAAAAUAUC